GAGCUCAGAGCGCACAGGAGAAGGAGGAAGCGCGGUGAACGCAGCGGUUUGACAGGACCAGUGAGCCAGAGAACCAGCCCCAAAACUCUCCCCAAACUGCGCACACUUUGAGCGCACACCUGCUGCACCUCUGCGCCUCCCCGGGACCCACGCGCGGACAGCGGACACACACACACACACACACACAGAGAGAGAGAGCAGAGCGCGCGUAAAGUUCCGCUGCACGAGUGUCCUCUCCGCACAGGUAGUUGUCCCCUGUCCCGCUCCGAUCAUGGCAGACUCCGCGGCGGCCAACAGCGACGGUGAGGACGGCCCGCAGCAGCCAAUGAGAGGCUUCGCGCGCCAAGGAGCCCUGCGUCAGAAGAACGUGCACGAGGUGAAGGACCACAAGUUCAUCGCGCGGUUCUUCAAGCAGCCCACGUUCUGCAGCCACUGCACGGACUUCAUCUGGGGUUUCGGCAAACAGGGAUUCCAGUGUCAAGUGUGUUGCUUCGUGGUGCACAAGCGCUGCCAUGAGUUCGUCACCUUCUCCUGUCCGGGCGCUGACAAGGGGCCGGCCUCAGAUGACCCGCGGGCCAAGCACAAGUUCAAGAUCCACACCUACUCCAGUCCGACCUUCUGCGACCACUGCGGCUCGCUGCUGUACGGCCUCAUCCACCAGGGCAUGAGAUGUGACCACUGUAUGAUGAACAUCCACAAACGCUGCGUGGCCAACGUGCCCAGUCUGUGCGGGACGGACCACACGGAGAGGAGAGGACGCAUCCAGAUCACCGCCGACAUCAAGACCAACGUGCUCACCGUCACCAUCAAAGAGGCCAGAAACCUGGUGCCGAUGGAUCCCAACGGACUGUCAGACCCUUACGUGAAACUAAAGCUGAUCCCAGACCCACGAAACGAGACCAAGCAGAAGACCAAGACCGUCAAGUGCUGCCUGAACCCGACCUGGAACGAGACCUUUAAGUUCCACCUGAAAGAGCACGACAAGGACCGCCGCCUGUCCGUGGAGGUGUGGGACUGGGACCUGACCAGCCGCAACGACUUCAUGGGCUCGCUGUCCUUCGGGAUCUCCGAGCUCCACAAGCAAGGCGUGGAUGGAUGGUUCAAGCUGCUGUCCCAAGAAGAGGGCGAGUAUUUCAACGUCCCAGUGGCUCCAGAGGGGGAGGAGGCUAACGAGGAGCUCCGGCAGAGGUUUGAGAGAGCAAAGAUCGGUCCAGGCAAGAACAUAGACGGCAAAGCGGCCAACGCAGCGUCCCGGUUCGACUCCAACGGCAACCAGGACCGAGUGAAGCUGUCCGAUUUCAACUUCCUGAUGGUGCUGGGGAAGGGGAGCUUUGGCAAGGUGAUGCUGGCUGAGCGCAAGGGCACGGAGGAACUAUUCGCCAUAAAGAUCCUGAAGAAGGACGUAGUGAUCCAGGACGACGAUGUGGAGUGCACCAUGGUGGAGAAGAGGGUCCUGGCUCUGUCUGGGAAACCUCCUUUCCUCACACAGCUGCACUCCACCUUUCAGACCAUGGAUCGCCUGUAUUUUGUCAUGGAGUACAUCAACGGAGGAGAUCUCAUGUAUCAGAUUCAGCAGGUCGGCAAGUUCAAAGAGCCGCAUGCAGUGUUCUACGCUGCGGAGAUCGCCAUUGGUCUGUUCUUCCUGCACACAAAGGGCAUCAUCUACAGAGACUUGAAGCUGGACAAUGUGAUGCUGGAUUGCGAGGGCCACAUUAAAAUCGCAGACUUCGGGAUGUGUAAAGAAAACAUGGCCGAUGGAGUCACCACCAAAACCUUCUGCGGGACACCGGACUACAUCGCCCCAGAGAUCAUCGCCUAUCAGCCCUACGGUAAAUCUGUGGACUGGUGGGCCUUUGGAGUGCUGCUGUACGAGAUGCUGGCAGGGCAGCCUCCAUUUGACGGUGAGGAUGAGGACGAGUUGUUCCAGUCCAUCAUGGAGCAUCACGUGUCCUAUCCCAAAUCUAUGUCCAAGGAAGCUGUGGCCAUCUGUAAAGGGCUGAUGACGAAGCACCCUGCCAAGCGCCUGGGCUGCAGUCCCGAGGGCGAGCGUGACAUCCGAGAGCACAGCUUUUUCCGCUACAUGGACUGGGAGAAACUGGAAAACAAGGAAGUGCAGCCUCCGUUCAAACCGCGAGCCUGUGGACGUGAGGCGGAGAACUUUGACCGCUUUUUUACCCGCCACCCGCCCGUCCUGACCCCGCCCGACGAAGAGGUCAUUCAGAACCUGGACCAGGACGAGUUUCAGGGCUUCUCCUUUAUCAACCCCGAGUUCCCCGGAGCCACUCCCCCCGUCACGGGCCCCGAGUAGACCUGAGGGCGGGGCCUGCGGACACUCAGCCACCCCACAGACGCACACUCACACACGCACACACAAAAAAUACUGUACGAUAUUUAAAAAGGCAUGUUUUUCACUGUUUAGAGGUGUGUUUAGAGGCUUGAAUCAACUGGAAAACCUUGAUACCACAACAUGUCACUGUUCGCUCUGAAACGUGCAUCAAAAUCCACGUCGGCCUUGUUUCAAAAAUAAAUUACAAAUCAUGUUCAAACAUCAAAAAAAGCACUAUGUAGCUUUCCUGUUGGAGCUUCUGCCACUCGUUUGUCUCCAUGGAGAUGCUAAUACCACGACAUUAAGCUCCGUAAAGACGAGCUGGGGACGACAGGUUAAGUUACACGUCAGAUCUGCGCAGAAAAGACCCCGUUUACAACAAGAAUCCUUAUUUUUCAGUGGAAUAAAAAGACUAAAUUGAACAAAUGUGAGACGUGUGUGUAGAACAUCCCACGUACAGCAAUAACAUCUCCAUGGAUACAAGCAGGUGGCGUACCCUGCCCCUGAAAAGCUCCAUAGUGCACCUUUAACGUCAUCAUAUUUAUUUUUAAUUGCUUUGAAUAUUAAUAAAUAAAUACGACUACAACGCAAGGCUGUAGAGGAAAACGGACUGUGUCAAACCAGUCGGUGCUGUAACUUUUACUACAGACUUAGAAUUGUUAGACUCCAUAAUGUGAUUUUAACCUACAAAAUAUAUGAACGACGCAACAUUUUUCAAGUAUGUUCACAUUAAUUAUGGGAUACACACUUCCAAAUUAUUUUAUCAAACCUAGAAACGAAAUUUUUGAAGCGAUUUAUAUCCAAAAGAACUUCAGAAUACUGUAACGUGCAUUAGCGAAACCACCAAAAUAUCCACGUUGUAUCCAAUUUGCCGUUUAAUCCCACGUAAACGCUGCAUCUAAGUACAUCCAAAAACACCCAAGAGACAACUGCGUUUGUUUUCGUGUAUCACAGCUACACCAUCGCAUCGACAUUUUCAUAUACGUACCAAUUAUGUACUGAGAAGUUGAAUUAUUCUGCCUGUCCCAGUGUUAGCCGUGUUGUUGUCAAUGAACGCCAUUAGAAUUAGACAUGUACACGCAUUUAUCUAUCUUAUCUUAUAAUAUGCUUGACCUGCCCGUGCAUGAGUUCCUAUAUCGAUUGGACUUUUUGUGUCCUUAUCAUAUUUUGGCAUUCUGUGCUCGUUUCUAAUCGCCGUGUACAUUGACAAUAAGUUUUGCGAUUGUUCGAUACAGGCCAGUAGUCUCGUUUGUGCCACUAAUGACCACAGGUAUUGAAUUUUACUGUGCGUUCGGGUCAAUAAUGCUAAAAUGCGAUGGGGAAAUGUGCUCUUUUGUAUUCAGUUAAAGUGUAAUACUAUAUCCAAUACUUUUCUGUUAGUAUUUAAAGACGUUGUACCUGAUUUUUUACAUCCUUAAAAGCACGAAAAACAAAACUAGCUCAUUUUAGUAGUUCCUCACUUUCCUGACUCAUUUCUAGCAUCCUAAUUAUUCACUGCGAUGAAUUUAUAAUCGCUUUUCACAACUUUCAGACGCAGUUUUGCCGUCUCCGUGAUGCUUACGACAACUAGCAUGCCAACAUCACACUAGCAUUACAUCCUGGUUUACGCUUUAUAAUUAAACACAGACGCAGCGCACGACUCUGAUCUGUACUGACGCAUAACAAAUGUUGCUUUACUGCAUGAAAAAAAUCCGGUACAGCCUCUUAAAGCUACUCCAAAGACGACUAGUGUUUAUAAAAAGCAUGAUCCCCGUAUUUUUUUGUUUACAUUGAUGAUACCGGUUGGUUGUAUCUUGAGUAAUACUGUGAGAAUUUUGUAUGAUGUGCCCGUCUUUCCAGCGUUUUGCCUGCCCUUUUGUGACUGUUUUGUUUGGAUGAUGAAUAUCUCAUAGCCCUGCCCACGUCCUUAUCAAAAUUUAAUGGCGCAAUCCACUUUAGUUCCAAACAAGUGACUCCACAAGCGGAGAGGGAGCAGGGGGAGGCUCGCAUGUUACUGAUAGUACAGAGUUGGGAGAAAAAAGGCUGAUUUAUAGAAUAUGUAUGCGUUGUAUGUGGUGUUAGUAGUAUGUGCAUUUUGGUAUACGAUGGACUAUAUCAAACUGGACCUAAAAAUCGAUCAGAUUGUCGUAUUUAUCCGUAGAUCCGAGGCUAAAACUAAGCCAAAUUCACUGUGAUUGUUGAGCAUAUGUUUCAGUGUUUUAGAUUUAGUUGUUUUUUUUUGUUUUAUUUCCUGGCUGUUUCAAAGAUUUUUAUGAUUUAUGGGGUGUUUUAAACUCAAAAUUUACGUAAGAUUUCUAGUGAAAGGUCCGUCCUCGCUCCAUGAAGAGGUUAUUGCUUUGUCUGUCUUCAUUUUUCAGUGUUUUAUUGCGCAAAAAUCCACCGAGUUACACAGAGUUUGCAUGUUUUUUUCCAUGUCUGCGUAGGUUUCUCAGGCGCUCCAGUUUCCGACAUCGACUCAAAACAUGCACAAUACGUAAAAUCUACCAGCUAACGUAGUUCUGAUCAAGCACUGAAGGAUGGUUCAAAUGUAGAGGACAAGUUUCCCCGCGCAAUAAAGUAAAGCUUAAUCCUCUCCACACAUGCUCCAUCGUCACAAACUGCAUUUCCACUCAUAUAAAAGGCUCAUAUUUCCAAACUUUGCGCCAAAAAAGCUCAUAAUAAACGCAAAAUAUAUUGUCAAACUGUGGAACUUCCCAGGCAAAGCAAUAACGUGUCCAUGGAGACCAGCAGGUGGCGCACCCUCCACCAGAAACGUUCCCCAGCGCACCUGAAUGAUGGUGAAUAGUUGUUGUUUCCGUUGUUUUCUCCAGCAAUAAUAACGACGACGUAAGAGCACAGAUUUGACUGAAACACCAACAUUGUAGACGUUUAUGUGCUCAGUAAUUUGCAUAAAUAGUUCUCUCGGUCAUACGGUGUUUAAAUGACUCGGACGUGACUGCAGGAGUAAAAGGCGAGUUUUGCGUGAGUGGAGCCAUCGCUGGUGUGGAGUGGAGUGACGCCUGGUCUCAUUGAUAAAAACAGAAUUUGUAGUGAAACGCUCUGACGAUUUCCAUCUCCUCUUUUAGUGCUCUCGUCCCAUUUCUCAUUUACACACAGCUCCCCAAAGCUCUCAGCGCGUCCUGUUUGAGUGGAUGAGUGCGUGCAGUACUUUGGACAUUUUGUUUUAGAGAUUUCUGUAACACUUUAGAAUAACUCCACCUUUAUUAACCUUCGUACAGCAUGAAGAAAGACUUAAGUCAUACUGAACUAAUGGAUUAUAAAGAACAGAGGUGGUUUUCAUAGUAGUUUUCGGUAGUUUUUUUAAAUUUUAGUUUUAGUUUUACCCUUCACGUUGUAAGUAUAUAUGACAAACGCUUAUGUCUGUGUAAUCCCCCAGUCGUCCAGGUCUGAUCCAGAGCAAAAGACGAAGUUUAAAUCUGUCAACUGGACAAAUUGUUCUAGGAGUGAAGAUGUUUCGCUGCUCGUCCAAGUCGCUUCUUCAGUUCUGGUCAGAUUACUGCUGGACACUGGCUUAUAUCUAUCUGAAGGGAGGAGCUAACUACACUGAAACUGUAAACGAGGACAAAGUAAUGUGGUCUACUCCAUUCAGUGAAGAGUGCAGUCAACAAAUUGGAGAAACAGAACAGCCACUGCAUAAGAGAAUGUACCAACACCGGCGUGAGAGCAGCUCAAGACCACAGUCUGCUGUUCAUCUCCAUCUCAAAGACACAAACCACUCCUUUGAAGAGAGUGAGGUUCAGAUCUGAGUCGGAGAAGAGAAAUGGUUUGAGAGGAGAGUUAAAGAAGCUAUUUUUGUUUGGAGAGACAAUCCUUCCUUCAACAGGAACGUGGGCCUGAGACAUCAUCUAUCCCCCAUCUAUAACUCCAUCAUCAGACCGAAACAAAGAGAACAAUAGCACAGUCGUUAAAGGCUGAACAGGGUAAUUUCAUCUGAAACUGGAGAUGAAAGCUGUUUACAGUUUCAGUGUAAGUAAUCUGACCAGAACUGAAGAAUCGGCUUGAAUGAGGAGCCAAACGUCUUCAUUCCUACAACUUUUUGUCCAGUUGACAGAUUUUAACUUCAUCUUUUAUUGUUGUUUUUUUAAGUAACUCCACCGCUGCUGUACUUACUUGUGAUUAAGAAUGAUUCAGGCUUAGUGACGACUCAGUUAAUCCUCUAAAACGUCUUUACUUUAAACCCUUAAUUAAGUCGCACUAAGACUAUUCAUAUUAAUGUGUAGUUAAUAUGAAGUGUUACAGAAAUCUCACAUGCAGCUAAAAUCGUUUUAAGAGCAGCUCUGUGUCUGUGUAAUACUGUAAUUUUGUUGUUUUUUUUCUGUUUUUUUUGCACAACCCAUAUCCACGAAUGACGUUUAAUAUAACAGUGACAGAUAUUUACCUCUGCUAAAAAAAAACAUCUACACGAGCUCAAGAUGCACUAUGUAACUUUUCUAGUGGGUUGUUUCCCAUCGCCUGCUUGUUUCCAUGCAGAUAUCAGGCAUUGCUUAAGUGUGUAGUUUCACGUUAUGGCAUUAAACUUGUCUAUCUCCAUGGAGACAAGCAGGUGACAGCACUAAGUCAAAUGAAGUUGCAGGUCUGAUCUUUGGUGACUUUUUUUUAGCCAUUAAAACACUUAUUAUUGGAUGAAUCUAAGAUAAAUAAGUGUAAAGCUGUACAGUGAAACAUCCCAAAGAAAUCGCACUUCCAUGGAGACGAGCAGGUGUGUGCGAUCCACCUGAAAAGUUACACCGUGCUCCUUUAAGAGAACAGCUUUUAUCAAAAUAUUAAUGAUGUUUUCAGUUACUUUGGCUGUAUUUGUUUUGUCAACUUCCUGCUAGAAAUGCCGAGCUAAAAAAAAAACAAAAUUGAGUGUUUCAAACGUAUUUAAUCUGGUCAAAAUAACUUAAAUUCUGAUUAAUAUUUUGAAUUUGAAUGAUUUGAAUCCGUCCUUUGAUUUGGCCGUCCACGUGUACUUGCAUAUCUGUGUCAAACGUUCAUGUGGUCAGUAUUUGAGUGGACGACUCGAGAAGCGUCCGACUGAAGCAAAUCUAACGGACUUUGCAUGAGUAAAUAAAACGUAACCUUUUUCUCUACAUUUACAAUAUUAGAGCGAUUUGUCUUGGAUGUCAUCGAUGCGUAAUGUGAUCAUAGCUCCUUUGUGUGCACUAUAUUACAAAAUGAACUGCAUAUUAUUUACGAUGCUUUUUACGUUGCUUUCCAUGUGCCAAAUGUUUGUUUUGAGGGAAUGAAAGACAUAAUUAAUGAAUAAUAAAGGAUCUGAAAGAUGUGAAAGAGU